CUGAUUCUCAGAUUCUCUCAAUUGCUGGCUGCCGGGCUGCUAAACGGCCUACAGCGACGACCUGGACAUCCCUCGGUGAGAGAAGUGGACAGUUGAAGCCGACAAUGGCCCAAGACCAACCGCGCGCCAAGAAAGCACCAAGGUCAUGGGACGCCCUCACACCAAGUCUCGCGCAAUGGAUCCUCGACUACCUUUCGUCAAUGGGCUUUGAACACCCCACGCCUGUGCAAAAGUCAUGCCUCGAAAUCUUUCGCGGCAACAAGGACGUGGUUGUGGAAGCCGUCACUGGCAGUGGCAAGACGCUUGCCUUUUUGAUACCUGUUGUCGAGAAACUCCUGCGCGGCGAUGAGCCGGCGAAACGACACCAUGUCCAGGGCGUCAUUAUCUCCCCGACUCGGGAGCUCGCGUCGCAGAUCUACAAUGUCCUCGUUUCGCUCAUCAAAUUCCACGCCCCGUCUUCCGAGCUCCUACCAUAUGCCAAAGGCGAUGAGAAGCGGCCCACUACAACUGCGCCGGUUAUUGUUCCUCAACUCCUGGUAGGGGGGACAACAAAAGCCGCCGAGGACCUUAGCGCAUUUCUCCGCCUGUCGCCUAAUCUCCUCAUAGGCACUCCCGGACGGCUAGCGGAGCUCUUGUCGAGCCCGUACGUCAAGGCGCCCUCGUCUUCGUUCGAGGUUUUAGUCAUGGACGAAGCCGACCGAUUGCUCGACCUCGGCUUCUCCCAGGAGCUCACGCGGAUUCUGGGAUACCUCCCUAAACAGCGCCGUACGGGGCUGUUCAGUGCUUCACUGAGCGAAGCCGUAGAGAGGCUUAUUACCGUGGGGCUAUUAUACCCGCAUAAAAUCACGGUGAGGGUAAAGAGUCUGAAAGAUGGCGGCGUCAUCCAGGAGAGGAAAACCCCCAUGUCGCUUCAAAUGUCCUACAUCGUAAUACCCGCGAGCCAGAAAAUCCCCGCGCUAUGCCAACUCCUGGAGAAGCUCGAACCCCGGCCGUCGCGCUCAAUCGUCUUCUUCUCCACCUGCUUCGCCGUCAAGUAUUUCGCCCGCGUCCUGCACGGCGUGCUCCCCUCAGCCUUCUCCAUCACCUCUCUGCACGGCAAACUAGAGCCCCAAGUCCGCGAAAAGAACUUUGAGCGCUUCGUCAACGCCACCUCCCCGACCGUCCUGCUCACUACCGACAUCGCCGCGCGCGGCCUCGACAUCCCACAGGUCGAUCUCGUCGUCCAGCACGACCCGCCAACCGACACCAAAGUCUUCAUCCACCGGUGCGGGCGGGCCGGACGGGCCGGGCGCCGCGGCUUAGCCGUCGUGAUGCUCCAGCCGGGCCGCGAGGAAGGGUACGUGCAGCUGCUCGAAGUCCGGCAGACGCCCAUCUCGCCUCUGGAGAACCCAACCAUAUCCGUCUCAGCCGAGGAGGCCGAGCAGACAGCGGCCAAGAUCCGCGCGCAGGCCCGCGCCGACCGCGAGGUGUUCCAGCUCGCGCAGCGCGCCUUUGUCAGCUGGGCGCGCAGCUACAUCGAGCACCAAGCCAGCUCCAUCUUCCGCGUGUCCGACCUCGACUGGGUUGAUCUUGCGAAGGGGUACGGCCUGCUCGAGCUGCCCAAGAUGCCCGAGGUGAGGGGCCUGGACCGGUCGUUAGGCCUGGGCAUUGAUACUGAAAGCAUCCCGUUCCGCGAUAAGGCGAGGGAGAAGAAGAGGCUUGAGGAGCUGGCAAGGUGGAAGGCGGAGAAGGCGGAGCGGCAGGCGGCGGCGGCGGAGGCUAAUGGGCAGGCGGAGGGUUCGUUGAAGAGGAAAAAGAACGAGGCAUGGAGUGGUAAGCAUGAGCAGGAGGAUUUGAAGGUUGCUAGGAGGGAGAAGAAGCGCCGGAAGAGGGAGGCGCAAAGGUUGAGUCGUAUGACGGAGAAGGAGAGGGAGGAGCAGAAGCAGUUGGAGGCGUUGAUUGGUGAGGUGAGGAGGAGGAAUGAAGAGCAGGUUGGGAAAGGGGGGGAUGAUGAUGAGUUUGAUGGGUUCGAUGAUUAG